AUGUUUGAUAACACACAAUACCCUUACAACUGCUUUAAUUAUGAUGGAGAAGAUUACCCAACUUGCGCUUCAGAUGAAGAAAAAAGGUUCACCCGACCAGCUUACAGCUACAUAGCUUUGAUCGCCAUGGCCAUUCAGCAGAGCCCUUCCAACAAGGUGACCCUUUCUGGCAUCUAUGAUUUCAUUAUGAAGAAGUUCCCCUAUUAUCGGACUAAUCAACGAGCUUGGCAGAAUUCCAUUCGUCACAACCUGUCUCUUAAUAGCUGUUUUGUCAAGGUUCCCCGAACAGAAGGCAACAAUAAGGGCAAAGGAAAUUACUGGAGCUUUGCAUCCGGGUGUGAGUCCAUGCUGGAUCUGUUUGAAAAUGGGAAUUACCGGAGGAGAAGGAGGCGGAAUGUGAAAAGGGAAAAAAGGAUGGCUGGGAAAAAAGAUCCCUUGCCCACAUUGGCCCCUGUAGAUUCUGUCUUCCCUGAAAUCUCCUGUCCUGGUGAGACAUUGGAACCCCAACAACUCAAAUCUUCGGAUCCCGGUGAGUUUUUUCCAAGAGUUGCCGACAGCCGAGAAAGCCCAAACAGCUCCUCCAUCGGAAAAUCUGACUCCGAAAUUAAAUUUAGCAUUGAUUACAUUCUGUCCUCCCCAGACCCGCUGCCAGUCCUGAGAUCCCCCUACCGUGUGCAAGAUAAUAAAUACCACCUCUUGGAUGCUCAGCAAGUGAAUGUUCAGUUUUGGACACUAUGAAUCAGACAGCUUGGGACAAGAGCCAG